AUGGGCAAGAAUCCUGUUAUAACAGUUCAAGAUAGCUCUUCACCGACCUCUUCGAAGAAGAUCAAAAGGACAGCAUCUGAUGGAUCACGAAAGAAAGAAAAACCCGAAGUUGAUGCGAAAGCGGGGAAUACAGCAGGGAGAUCGGAGGGUAAAAACGACGGAAAGAACAAGGCUUCGAGUCUGGCAGUUCCCGGUGCUAAGCAGCCUGAUGUUGAGUCGAAGAAGGUCCGUUCUAGGAGUGUCACGCCCGACCCUCCCAGCAAGAAGGUCAAGAAGCCGAGCCCAACGCCCGCGACAACGAUUGACAAGUCGAAGACUGGCACAUACACUGACCUGGAACCAGUAGUCAAAAUACCCUGGGACGACACCUUUUGUUUAGGCCAUGGCGUCAACGCUCUUACAGGCGAAUCCACAGCCAGCUGUGCGCUGACAUGGAAUGACAAGUCAUUCAAGUUUGCCGAACGAAGAAUCGCUCGAAGCAAGACUUCCAUUGAUGUUAUACAUUGGAACGACCUGAAGAAUCUCGUAGAUGGUUACGAACUCGAAGCUGGAGUUGGGACCGGCACGAUCAAUGUUGCCCUCCAUCCCGCGCUAGAGUUCAGAGCAAAAUUGGCAUCUGUACUGACAAACUCAUCUUCGGCAAAGACAGUUUUGGUUCAGUAUCAUGCGUAUGGAGGGUUUGAGACACAGUUCCUUCCCAGAGACGUCGCGUUACGACCGGACUUGCAUGGUAUCUCGACGAAUGAAUUUCGGGAGCGGUAUGGGGACUAUUAUAUUGCUGGUCAUCAAGAUGGGUUUAGCUGUCGAGCCGUUAUUGUGUGCCGAAUCAAAGAGAGUGCUACUUCCGAUUCUCAGGAAGCUAUAGCAAAAGCUCACAUUGAGAAGAUUUUGUCGGUCGGAAUUUCAGCAAGUGACUCUAAGACAGAGUCUCAAGAAUGCACUUUGCUACAUGCGGUUAUCGAUUCUCGAGGUUGUUCACCGGAAGUGAACUCGUUGGCGUCCAUCAAUGAUAUGAAUUCGAUAGCGGAUACCCUAAAAUCUCUCACCCAGUCGAUGAGAAACCCACUAGGAACAAAGUUCACCGCUUUGCUUCAUCAUUACAGCACACUAGACCAUAAUAUCCUUCCACGUCGGAUCGACGGGAUUCAAGAUUCCGUCUUUGCUAAAGCGCGUGAAAUGCGGGAAUAUUACGCUCAUCUUCAAGCUUUCCUGAUCCACCCAGCCCUUCGAAACUUCAAAGGAACCCGCGAUAACAUCAAUAGAAUACUCAAGACUUUCGAGCUCGCCCGUCGAGAUCUGCUCCUCCGUCAACCCAAGUCCAAAACCUACCCCGACUACGAAUCCAUGUACAAAGAAUUCAAAGGUCUCAUCGAACGUUCUUCAACGCUAGAUUCCCGUUAUGAGUUUAUCCGUGGCGUGAAGAACAUGGACUGUAGCAUCCGUACUUUCGUACCUAUGGGGAGCAACCGGAUAUACAGAUGGGAGUGCGGAAAAACCGGUGGAAAGGUGACCGACAAUGUAUGUGGUUUUCAAGUGGUGGGAUUUGAACCCGGUCACAAGGCAUAUGAGAUUACUUGGUCUGCGUCCGUGACUGCGCUCUCGAAGAGACAAAUGUUGCUCAAGAAAUUGGGAGGAAGUGGUGAUGCGCAGUAUAUGGAAUUUAGAGUCUUACCAACAACGGAAGUGGCGAAGCCUCCGGUUAUACGCAAGGCUAAGGGCCAUGGGAUAUUUGGAGUUCCGUAUAACAACCGCUCCGGCGACUCUGACGACGGGGACGACUUUCUUUUUCGGAUGGUUGGGGGUCCGGUUUUCGUGCUUGGAUGGACAUUAUCAUGUGAAUGGGAGGGUAGUCGCGACGAUAAGCCUGUCAUCAAGGUUCAGGGAGAGAACAAUUUCAUUCUUUCGGACCAUCUUGGUAUUCGUUUGGACACCUCGAGGCCUGCACGGUGGACGUGUCAAAUCACGUUCGUUUUUCAAUGUUCUUUCAACUUCCCUGAUCUUAAUCUCCAAUCUGGUGGUGGGGACGGGUUAAUGGCAGAGGCCAAUCGUCUCCUUCCAUCUCCUCCAAACAAAAUAACCAAGUACAGGCCCCCUAUGGGAGAGCUCGGUCACUGA